CCGGCGCGCUGACCCGGCGGAGCUUUGCCGCACUCCCGGGGCAGCGGCGGCGCCGUUCGCACGUGGAGCCGCUGCCAUGGCGGCCGUGCGGGUGGAGACGGUGCUGGCGGCCGCCGAGGAGCAGGAGGCGGAGAAGCGGCGGAGCAUCACGGUGGAAAAGGAGCUGGAGCUGGAGUACGAUCUGGGCAAUUUGCUGGCGGUGGACCGCAACCCCCCGCCGGCGGCGGCGCUUCGCGGGGCCGGCCCUCGGCGGGAGGCUCUGCUGCGGGCGCUGGCCCGCGACAACACGCAGCUGCUCGUGUCUCAGCUUUGGGAGCUGCCGGCCGAGCGCGCCGGCGGCGCCGGGGGCCCGCUGGUGGCGCAGCUGCCCGAGCCCACGUUCCGCCUGCCACGGGAGAAGCCGCCGCCGAAGCCGCGGCCACCGACGCGCUGGGAGCAGUUCGCGCGGCUGAAGGGCAUCCGCCGCAAGAAGAAAACCUCGCUGGUGUGGGACGAGCAGGCCAAGGAGUGGCGGCGGCGCUGGGGCUACCGGCGGGCGGGCGGAGACCCGUCCCGCGCCUGGCUGGCGGAGGUGCCUGCGGGCGCCGACCCCGAGGAGGACCAGUUCGCCCGGCUGCGGCGGGAGAAGCGGGAGCGGGUGGCGCGCAACGAGCUGAACCGGCUGCGCAACCUGGCCCGAGCCCACCGCGCCGGGAGCGCCGUGCCCGCCGCGCCCCUGCACCCCACCGGCCACCAGGACCGCGACGAGCUGCGCCGGGUCGCCCGCGUCGCCCGCACCUCCACCGCCUCGCUCGGCCGCUUCCAGCCGCGCCUGCCGAAGGAACCGGCGGAGCCGCCUUCCCGCAGCGGCGGCAAGAAGCGCCGCUUCGAGCCGCUGCUGGGCAACCUGGCGGCCGAGCGCAGCCGGCAGCUGGAGCUGCUGCGGGACAUGGGCAGCAAGAAGCCGGUGCUCGACAUCACCCGCGCCGUCAACAAGCAGCUGCGGCAGGAGGAAGCCGAGGCGGCCGCUGCCAACAAGGGCAAGAAGCAGUCGAAGCGGGGCAAGCGCGGCCGGCGGCAGCAGCGGCCUGGGCGCAGCGGCAAGAAGAGCGGAGCCCGGCGGCAGCCACAACAGAAGCCUGCGGGCGGUGGCACCGGCGGGGGCAGGAGGAAGAAGGCGUGAGGGACAGUGUGCAGCACGGGCUGGGGAUGCCCACCGAGGCGUGGGAAGGGACUGUCACUGCCAGCCUCCUGCCCGGCGCUCUAUUCACACACGUAUCUGUCAAUAAAUGCGUUCUGACCUUUCUAAAACAUCCUGCGUUUGGCUCUUAGCUGGUAGAAAGAGUGCCGUGUUCUCCAUCCAAGGGAAAUUGAUGUCCUGUUAAGGGGGUCGGUAGCCCCAGUUCUCCCCACGGAUGGGGGUUUCACAGGAACUUGUUUCACAGGUAAUGUUGCUUCUAAGUUAGCCUGCAGCAUUUCUGCCAGGACAAAAGCUGAGCAAAGCUGUCUCGGUUUUAGGUAGCUGGGACUGGCACUGGAUGUGACCUGGAGUUUUGAUGGAGUAGCAGCCGCAGGUCCAUUUAAAGGAUGUGGCUGCUGCUCUCUCCCUUAGGCAAGUGGCCUGACGAUGGAGCUCUUGCUCUGUAAGUCAGCUAAUGCCGUUCAGCUCUAUGGUAUUCAGGUUCAGUUGCAAAAGGAAUGUGUAAACUUAGUGUAAGAUUUACUGCAGGGCCUAAGAAAUUGUACAGAUUUUCUAGAGCAUUUUGUUGAUGAAAAAAGGAAGUCAAAAAUUGCUUACCAGCCAUUGAGUUCAGCAGAAAAAUGUUUGUAUUGUACAGGUUAGAACCUAUACAAUAAAUCUGUCCCUGUAGUAGCAGUAAUGCAUCGUUUUAUACAAAUAAUCUUACAGUGUUUACCUAGCAGUUUGAGAGCAGGUAGUAGAAAUUCUCUCAGACUUCUUCCCGUUACUCUUUUGAACUUUUGUAGUGUCACAUGUACACUUGAAAGAGAAAAUCUGCUGUCUCGGAUGUGUGGCUUAGCUACAGGGAAGAUGUUCCAUGGUAAGAAAGUUAGUAAAACAAGUUUCAGUAAUCUCAAUUAAAUUAGGUUUUUAAACUCUGA